UCUAAACUUCAUCUUCUCUCUCUUCAUCUCACUUGUUUUUUUCUCUUCUUAAUAUCGGAGAAGUGAAGAGUUUUUUUCUCUCCUUCCUUUGAUUUCCAUUGAUUUCUCAUAUUAAACAUCGUUUUCAGGUCCACAAUCAGCCAAACAAUUAACCGUUUUCUCUUUAAAUUAUUACAAUUGUUAACUUCGUAAUUUGAUCGUCGUUGUUUCUAAAUUAACUGACUAUUCUAUCAUUGGAACUUAAUCAUUUACAACAGGGAAUCUUUUUCUUCUUCUUCUUCAUAACUUAACAGUUUAAUCUUAAUUUGAGCGAUUAACGUUUUAUCGUUAUUGUGAUUGGAUUAAUUAUCCCUCCUGUGCUCCAUCACACCACCAACAGAUUAUUUGUUUAUUAACGUUAAUUGUUGGAGAUAAACUUUAAUUGUGUAUUUAUUAUCUGUAGUGUGCCUGAUAAUCAACCUUGGGUCAUAAUCAAAAUGGCCCUUAAUCCAAGAGUUAAAUCAAUAAUCUUCAUCACAACUGGAUUAAUCAUAUUCACCAUCUCAGCAAUAACUUAUGCCAUUUUUAAUCACAAAACUCAUUAUCAGUAUGGUGUAUUAGUGGAUUCUGGUAAUCCAAAUGUGACCAUAAGUCUUUACCGUUGGCCAGUCGGUCGUUUGAACAGCACUGGACUUGCUGAAUUAGCGGAAACUUGUAUCUCAAGUGAUUUAACUGAUUACCUGUCCAAUUCAACUGAUCUAUCUACGGUAUAUCAACCUUGUUUGUCUCGGGUAAUUGGAUCACUUGAUGAUGAUCAACAAUCAUCGUCAACUAGUCAAUUGUUUUUCACUGUUUCCGGACCAUUAAUGUUACUCAAUUCAUCAAAUGGCCGUGAAGUUGCCUCACUAAUCCAAUCAUCGAUUGAGUAUUUAACUAAUGCAACAAAGUUAAAUGUUCAACCAGUUCAAGUGAUUAACGAUCAGGCUGGUUCGGUAUUCCCAUGGAUUGCAGUUAAUUCACUUGAGGCUCGAAACUAUUUCCCUGAAUCAACUGGAGUGACAACAAUUAAACACACGGGAGUCAUUGAAUUAUCUUUCACUGGAUCGUCAAUCUCAUUCGAGGUAACCAAUUCAUCCUUAAUCACUUCUGAUCAAAUCAAAUCAUCACUUGUCAACGUUACAUUGUUUGGUAAUAAUCACACUCUAUGGGAAAAAUAUUCCUGCCUUGGGUCGGAUAAGGGUCGACUUCGGUACCUUGUUGAGUUGAUCUCUGGUUCUAGUGAGACUACGGUGGGUGAUCCGUGUUUACCCAUUGGUGUUAAUCAAACAAUCAACACGCUUGACUUAAUCUCUCCCCAUGAUCCUUGUCUAAUUCAACAUUUAACCAAAUCUUUGACUGAAUCAAACAAAGAGUUCACUCUUAUGGGUAAAGGUGAUGGAUCGACUUGCUCCAAAUUGAUCUCAGAUUUACUCACGGACAAGUCGAAAUGUUCAGAUAAUCCAUCCACAUGUUACUCACCUCCCGCUCUUGCACCAGAAAAUACCGUUUACACGGCGGUUGCUGAUCUUCUUUACCCAGUGACUGUGCUUAAAAUGACCAAUGCCAAUCACACAAUCGAUUACGAGAAUUAUUAUAACCAAUCACUUAAUCUUUGUUCAAUGUCUCGAGAUGAUUUACUAAUUACUUCGGGAGGUAAAUUAGCACCAACCUCAUUGUGUUUCCAAUUGUUGUAUAAUUAUCAUACAAUUGAAAGUGUUUUCGGCUUGAAAGGAGAUAACUGGUCUCGAAUUGUGUUCGAUCCAAAUCUUCGUGGCGAUUCAACAAUCAACUGGUCAACUGGAUUUAUGAUCAAUGCAACAACCUCAAUACCCUUACAAUCAGUUCCCAAAGUUUGGUUUAAUUGGGUCUUUUUCCUCGUAUUAACGGCGAUUUCUUUGGUCUACCUUGUGAUUGGUGCUUACUUUUUGGCCUCAUCCCUACGAACCCAACGGGUGCCCAACAAAGAGAUCUACGAACCCAUUCAACAGCAACCACAACCUUGAUUUAUAAUUAAUUCUAAUUAACUUUUGUUUUUUUUUUCUAAUUACCAUGUACUUAUAUGUGUGCGUCUCUCUCUCUCUCUCACUUCGUGAGCGUUUAUUUUGUUUUCAGCGCUGACCAGGCCCGAUCGUCGUUGCAUAAAAGUGACCACAACGAUGAAAUCAUUUUGUAAGGCAAGAAAAAAAUGACAAAACAAAAGUAUUAUAAAUAAUAACAUUACAAUCAAAUUUAAUUUACAAUUUUUCAUCAAA